AUUGUGGGAAGCGGAAUUGGUGGCGUACAAUUAAUGCCUAAUAUUUAGACUAUGGCAUCUGGGAACAUGGAAACAAUAGCAUCUAACCCUGCUGGAGGGUCAAAUGGCUUAGAAGAGCCUAAAAAAAUGACAAGGGAGGACUGGAGAAAAAAGAAAGAAUUGGAAGAACAGAGAAAACUGGGCAAUGCACCAGCUGAAGUGGAUGAAGAGGGAAAAGACAUCAAUCCUCAUAUUCCUCAGUACAUUUCCUCUGUGCCAUGGUAUAUAGACCCUUCAAAAAGACCUACACUGAAGCAUCAGAGACCCCAGCCAGAGAAGCAGGAAGAAUUUACUCCACAAGGAGAAUGGUAUAAGCGAGGGGUCAAGGAGAAUUCUGUUGCAACAAAAUACCGCAAAGGAGCCUGUGAAAACUGUGGUGCACUAACACAUAAGAAGAAAGAUUGCCUGGAGAGACCUAGAAAAGUUGGAGCAAAAUUCACAGGAACAAACAUUGCACCUGAUGAGCACAUGCAGCCUCAGCUGAAGUUUGACUAUGAUGGAAAAAGAGACCGCUGGAAUGGCUACAACCCAGAAGAGCACAUGAAGAUUGUAGAGGAAUAUGCCAAAGUUGAUUUAGCUAAGCGCACACUGAAAGCACAGAAACUGCAAGAGGAGUUGGCUUCAGGAAAACUGACAGAGCAGGUGAGCUCUCCAAGGCAUCAGUGGGGUGAAGAGGAACCAAAUUCACAAACGGAAAGAGAUCAUAACAGUGAAGAUGAGGAUGAAGACAAAUACGCAGAUGACAUUGAUAUGCCUGGGCAGAAUUUUGACUCCAAGCGGCGCAUUACAGUUCGGAACCUGCGUAUUCGAGAAGAUAUUGCCAAAUACUUGCGGAAUCUAGACCCCAAUUCAGCAUACUAUGAUCCCAAGACAAGAGCAAUGAGGGAGAAUCCAUAUGCCAAUGCAGGAAAGAAUCCAGAUGAGGUCAGUUAUGCAGGUGAUAACUUUGUUCGUUACACUGGGGAUACCAUUUCAAUGGCACAAACACAGCUAUUUGCUUGGGAGGCUUAUGAAAAAGGCUCCGAAGUUCAUCUCCAAGCAGAUCCCACAAAACUCGAACUCCUGUACAAAUCCUUCAAAGUGAAAAAAGAAGACUUCAAGGAACAGCAGAAAGAGAGCAUCCUGGAGAAGUAUGGAGGGGAAGAACAUCUGGAUACCCCACCAACUGAAUUACUGCUUGCUCAAACAGAAGAUUAUGUGGAAUAUUCUAGACAUGGAACAGUUAUUAAAGGCCAAGAAAAAGCUGUUGCUCGCUCUAAAUAUGAGGAAGAUGUUAUGCUCAACAAUCACACAUGUAUUUGGGGUUCUUAUUGGAAGGACGGCAAAUGGGGAUAUAAGUGCUGCUAUUCACUUGUCAAGUAUUCAUACUGCACAGGAGAUGCUGGAAAAGAAAUUGCUAAUGCUGAUGAAGAAUUGCCUGCUGGAGAAUCAAAUGAGGAAGAGUAUGGGACUGUUCCCAAAACUCUUGUAGAGAUACAUCAAGAAAAGCAGAGAGAAGAAAAAAAGAAAAAGAAGAAAAAGCAUAAGAAGAGUACUAGUUCUGAUAGUGAGGGAGAAGAGAGGAAGAAACAGGAAAAACUGAAAAAGGCACUAAACGCAGAAGAAGCCCGUCUCCUCCAUGUGAAAGAGAUCAUGCAAUUAGAUGAGAGAAAGAGGCCAUAUAACAGCAUGUACGAAAGCCGGGAGCCAACAGAAGAGGAAAUGGAGGCUUAUCAAAUGAAGCGUCAGCGGCCAGAUGAUCCCAUGGCCUCUUUCUUGGGGCAGUAGUAUUUGUGAAAAGAACUCACAAGCCCACAGGACUUGAGGGAUGUGUUAUACUUGGUGACCAAGUGGAUAAACCUCUGCCAGUUUUCUGCUCUGUGUAUAUAAAGCAAUGUUGAGCUGAAAGAAAGACUUUACUGCAGGUGUUUCAGCUGAAGAUGCCCCGGUUCAGAUCCAGCCAGCCACCAGCAAAAGAUGUUGGCAGAUGUGGAUAUUCUUGGCAUUCUACUCCCCUGAGCAUUUCUUUUCUAGAAAAAUUAUUCCUGAAGUCGCAGGACCCACACGGACUAACAGCAUGCACAGGUUAGGGAGCUGCAGUGAGGAGGGGAAGAAAUAGGAGGAGGAUUGCAACUGUUCUCCAGCACAGGUCCUGUACAGUUAUAUUUUUCCAGUGGCUGGAAGGGACUGAAAAUUGGUGCCACAGAAGAGAAGAAAGCCACUGGCAGCAUAUUCCAGAGGGUCAGCAGGUAUUACUUGUGUAAACAAGUGCAGGGUUCUGAUUUAAGAAAAUGUCUUAAUUCAAACUGUUAAAAACAGCAAGAGAUUUGUAACUUUGAUAUGACAAGUACACAACUGUGUAGUAAUCUGUGUCCUGUCAUUUAUACAAAAGCCUUGAAGUUAUUGAAUACAGAGAAAUGUUCUGAAGAGCCAGUCAAACACUAGGAUUCUGGGGUUUUUUCCCCCUUCUGGUUCUAAGAAACAGUGGUAACUUGGAGCUUGAUGCUACCGUCUAUGCUCACCAUAAAUUAAAACUAAUCAGAAUUUAAUUUCGUGUUCUAGCUAGCGCUGCCCAAAGACUUUUCCGUGGUCAUGUGGCUGGCAUGA